AUCAAGUUGACAAUUGUUACCCAACAAGAACUUAAAAUGGGUCUGCAGGCCAUACCUUGGUCACUCUACAAAGAUGAUGAAACCAGGUUUUGGGUACAUUUUGGCCUUGUCAUACUGGGGUUUCUCCUGUCAGUGAUCACACUUAUUGCACAGUGGGCCAAACCUGCACCCUAUGGAAAACAUGAAGGUUCAGAGGCGGGCAACUGGGGACCAAUGAUCCCACAGCGUCUUGGACACAUUUUUUCUGAUGCCAUUCCAGGGGUUUUAAUGUUUAUUUUGGUGUUUUAUCUCUAUGGUGACAGUAGAGGAACUGUAAACUACGUAUUCUUAGCACUCUGGUUAUGCCAUUACAUACAUAGAGGCCUUAUCCAUCCGUUAACUAUGCGGUACAGAAGUGGACAAGUUGCACUGGGGAUUACAUUGGGAGGCUUCUUUCCAAACUGUUUGUUCCAUUUUCUGAAUGCAGAUUUCAUUGGCAGUGCCGUUUAUGCAUCAAAUUAUUACUAUGACCCUCGGUUUAUAUGCGGCAUUGUGAUUUUUGUUCUGGGGUAUGUGAUAAACAGAUGGGCUGACUACAAGCUGAGAUCUCUCCGUCGACCCAAGUCUGAAGACGGUAAAGUUAUGACCUCCCUUCAAACUAACAUAGACGGAGACAGCGGCUAUUUCAUUCCAAGGGGAGGCCUGUAUGAAGUGAUCUCAUGUCCAAACUAUUUCGGGGAAUUGGUGGAGUGGCUAGGCUGGUCACUGGCCACGUGGUCUCUCGCAGGGCUGGUUUGGGCUCUCUUUGGUGCAGCGACAUUUUUACCCCGAUCAUGGCAUAAUCAUAACUGGUACAAGCGGCAGUUUGAAGACUAUCCAAGUCAAAGAAAGGCUUUUUUACCGUUCAUUUACUAGGCAGAGUGCUGCAGGGCUAUACUCAGGGAUAUUGCUUUGAUAAAAAUGAGUUGCCUAUGAAAAAUUGUUAUGGAAUCUUUAGCAUCUUUGAGCAUUGUGACUUGUUUUGUUAUGACAUAUUUAUGAAUUUUAUCCAUAAAUAUAGAUUCUGGAAUAUGCGAUUUGUAGAUGACCAGAUAGGGGAUAUAGCAAAGUUUGAACCCGAAUUUGGUUUUUUGCACACCUAUAUCACAUUAUGGUCACCUUGUUACCCUGUUACUUAUAAUGUAUGUUACAUGUACUUGAUUUGGAGUAACAUUUUACUGAACCUGGGUGCUAAACACAUGUUGAACUUUUCAUUUGUUGAUUAUAUGUAUUUUAAUGCGCUUUAUUAACAUGUCUGUGAUAGGAUUCAUUAUACAAAUAAAUUAAACAUAUUUUAUA